UCCCCCAGCCUCCCAGCGUGAUGCCAACAGGAGGCUGAAAGGAAACCCAGCAUUCUGCAGAGAAGUACCUUUUCUUCCCGGCUGCCACGUCGGCAGCUGAUCCCAGGGGCCAGGAGGAUGGAGCCAGGCUUGCUGACAUGGGGAUUCUUCGUAUCCAUCAUGGUACCUGGCUGCAUGACAGAGUUUUGUCCUGCCGACCUACCAAGUCUCAGAAACGCCAUGUUCAAGAUCCUCAGGUACGAGGUGGGCACCCUGAUAAACUGUGACUGCAAGAAAGGCUUCCGCAGAAGGUCACCCAUCAUGCUCUGUGCAGGAAACUCCAGCCACUCUACCUGGGAAAACAGAUGCCACUGCGACAGCAUCUCCUCCCCCAGGCACCCAGGAAAACAAGUUACUCCUGGACCUGGAGAACAGAAGGAACGAAAAACCACAGAAAUGCAGACCCAAAUGCGGCCCACAGACCAAGCAAACCUUCCAGGCCACUGCGAGGAGCCUCCACCAUGGGAACAUGAACGUGAACCUUUGAAGAGAAUUUACCACUUCUCACUGGGGCAGACAGUUCACUACCAGUGCAUGCAGGGGUUCAGGGCCAUGCAGGGUGGUUCUACCGAGAGCAUCUGCAAGAUGAUCCAUGGGAAGAUGAGGUGGACCUGGCCCAACCUCAAGUGCAUAAGUGAAGGGGAGGACAGUCAGUUUCCAGGUGACGAGGAGCCUCAGGAGAGCAUGGACGCUCCACCUGAGAGUGAAACUUCCUUCGCCUUAACAACGAGGACAGCAGGUACCGCAGAUUUCCAAACACCCACAGACGUGGCUGAUACCAUGGAUACGUUCAUAUUUACAACCGAGUAUCAGAUCGCAGUGGCCGGCUGUGUCCUGCUGCUCAUCAGCAUCCUCCUCCUGAGCGGCCUCACCUGGCAGCGGAGAUGGAAGAAGAAUAGAAGGACCAUCUAGAAAACCAAGGGCGGUAAGAAGCCAAGAGCAGCCCACAGACAUCAUGGACCACAAUCAAAAACCAAAGCAGCUAAACACUCA